AUGGACAGAAGGUGGAUACAGAACCCGAACAGAUGCGCAGACGAAUACUUGGAUGGAAUCGAGGAUUUUAUUGAGUUUGCACGUAGACACAACCCGGGUGCAACUAGAAUCCGUUGUCCUUGUAGGAGGUGCAACAACACGUUAUGGGAGACAAUUGAAAAUGUUGGAUUUCAUUUAGUAAGGAAUGGAAUGAUUGAGACAUAUAGCAUUUGGAACCUUCACGGGGAACAAUUAGAGCAUGCUUCGUCUUCAAAUGCCACAAGAGUGGACAAUGUUCAACCUAUUGUGGAUGCUAAUGAUCAAGUCAUGGAUAUUAUACAGGAUGUUUUUCCAUUUGCAUCGACCAACAUGAAUCAAGAAGAGCAAGAUGAUGUGCCUACACCAAUAGACAGUGCGGAGUUUGAACAAUAUGAGAAAUUGUUAAAAAAUGCCAACCAAGAGUUAUACCCGGGGUGCGAGAGCUUUCCGUUCUCACGGCCAUUGUGGAGCUAA